CCCAUGCCUACCAGGGUCGUGGACUCAUGAAAGGACUAUGGGAAACAUUUCAAACACGUAACCAACGGACUACGGUCAACUAUUAGUCAACUAUUGUAGCGGUCGUGUUACCCGACACCGUGGAAUUAUGAAAAUAUUAACAAUUUGGCCGAUAUCAACAACAACAGUUUAACCAACGGCGAACGCAAAAAGCAAAAAUGCUUACUAUUUGUAGCAUCAGUAUCCAUGGUGACGAGUGACGGGCCAGUGUGCUACUGACGUAUGGUGAAAAAGUACACCAGCCGAAAGUGGGGAUUGGACGGCCGGUGGGGGAUUGUUUGAAAAUUAAUAUAUUAUCCCUCAACCCUCUCGGCUCGGUCGCUCGGGGCUUCGACGUCCAACCGACACUCACACUGGCUCACUUGCGUCUUGCGCAUGUGAACUUAGCGUCCGGAUGUUCUGUGAUAAAAUGUUUGCGUUUGAAAUGUCUUUAAUAGUUUCUAUCGGUAAACAUUGCUUUUUCGGUAAUGUUUAACGCGUUGCCGAUUGUCCAUUGACCCUUUGUCCAGUUACACACGGGAUGUAACUCUUCUCGUUUGCGCACAAUGAAUAGUUAAACAGUUCCAUGCAGCGAAAACACUGCUGAAGGUAGUAUUGAUUUUUCGCCAACUCGCAAAGUGGUCGUUGAAACUGCAAAAUAAACAAACUGCAUAUACUUACACACUCACACAUGAUAUUAUAAAAGCUAUAGCGUUUAAAUACUAAACGCGUACACUGCAAAUGUAUUAAUUACAUUUAUUUUUUUUGCACCAAAGUAGUGUUUGUAGAUGUUUUUUUGAGAUAGUACGAUACAUUCCAAACAAUCAAAAUGAAGAAAAUGUUAAAAUUAGUAAAAGGUGGAGGAAAGAAGGAAGACAAAAGUGGCUCUGCUACACCUUCAGGAGAUGAGCUGGACGACGAUCAGGAUAGUACAAUGUACUGCUAUAAAAUUGACUCCGAAGCUGAGGAAAAAAUGACCCGAUUACACAGAGCUUCAUGGCAUGGCAGCUUGGAAAAAGUCAAAAUGUUGUUACAAAAGAAACCUAAUGAUGUGAAUUCUGUGGACAGUUUUGAUAGAACUCCAUUGCACCUGGCAAUAGCUAAAGGUUACUAUAACAUAGCUUGGGUGCUGUUGAAUCACAAUGCUAGCUUAGAUUAUGUUGAUUGCGAUGGGUUUACACCGUUCUUGAAGGCUGUAGAAUGCGGUCAAAAAGAAUGUGUUCAUUUAAUGUUGGAGAGAGGAGCUGAUGUAACAUGCACAGACAUAAAUAAAAAUUCUGCUUUACAUUUAGCUGCAAAACAGGGCUCAUUCACUAUAAUAUCUAUGUUACUUAAAAAGGGAAUUAAUAUAAAUGCACAAAAUGCUGUAGGUGAAUCAGUAUUACAUAUUGCAUGUGCUGCUGAAAAUCGAGACCUAAUCGAAUAUAUAUUAGACAAUGGAGCGUUAAUAAAUUUAGCAGAUAAACAAGGACGUACACCUUUGAUGGUAGCAGCAAAACUGGGAAAUAUGUCUAUUAUAGAUUUGUUAUUAGAACGAGGAAGUCAUCUUGAUGCUCGUGAUAUAAAUGGUUUAUCUGUGAAAGACUAUGCAUCUAGAGAGGGACAUUCUAAAGUAGUCAAUCAACUUUCUAUGCAAAAAAUGAGUGUUAUGGCUAGAACUAGAUCUCAGGAAAAUGUUUUGGAUGAUUCAGACCAAAAUAAAGAACCUCAGAUUCAAGAAAUCAAAGAAAAUUCAAAAGAUAAAAAAACUAUUGAUGUUGAAACUGUAAUUGUAGAAAAAGAACAUAUAGUAACAAAAUCAAAUAAUGAAACUAUACUUCAUGAAAAAGAACACAACGUAACAAAAUUAAACAAUGAAGAUAAUCAAAAUGAAAAAGAAAACAUUGCCUCUACACUUUCAGAUAUUAAUGUAAAUGAUUUAAAAACUGAGAAAAAUAAUAUAAAAGUACAAAAAAAAGAAAAUACAACUGUAAACUCUAAAAUUAUUGAUGCUGAUAGUUUAAAAUCAAAAAAAAUAGCAAUUGAAAACAAUCAAAAUGAAAAAGAAAACAUAGAUUUAAAUUCUACACUGGAAAGUGAAGCAGAUAAUUGCUCAAUAGAAUCAAAUAAAAAAUUAGUUGAGAAAAAUAAAUUAAUUGUAGUUGAUAAAAACACAUCUGUUAAUACUGUACCGAUCAAAGAUGAAGAAUCAGUAUCUCAGUGCACAAUGCCACCACCAAUGGAUCCACCUAGAAGCUGGGAUUUCAUACAGACUAGUAUAAUGCACACAACAGAUGUCAAUGAAAAGACUGAAAAAGAAACCCAAGAAAAUAUCGAACAAAUCCCUGAUCCAAUUAUUUGUUCAGUAAAUACAGAUGAUUCAGAAUUAGAAUGGGGGAGUGAUGAAAGUCUUCCAACUGAUCCCAAUCAAACAGGUCCUGAUACAGAUGAAAAAAAAGUAGAAAGUAAAAAAUGUAAUACAUUUUAUAAUUUUAUCACUACAAAACUGAUGAAUACAAAUAAAAAAAAAGUUUCUGCGUCUGCAGACAGUAUUAUUGAUGGAACUUCUACUACGAGUAAACAGGAAACUACUUCUAAUAAACAUGUUAGAAAUAAAUCUUUUACAUCACUAAGAACUUUUAAACUUACUGUUCCAUCAGAUGUAAAUAAAGCAUUAUAUCAGCUUAGCCCAGAAAUGAAUUUUGCUCAUUCUUCAUUCAGUAAAAGCAAAUCUUUUAAUGAACAUAAACCAAUUGAAAAUAUUAAAAAUAAUUCUUUAGAAUUUGAACGUUCUAAAUCAUUAUGUUUAGAAAUAAAAUCUAAGUAUGAUGCAUCUGAAAAUCAACAGAGAGAUUCGGAUAGCCAAAGUGAUGAUAGUCUUCGCUCAAAGCGUAGUCUUUUGUUAUCUAUGAGAAUGCCUAAAGUACAUGACGAGCAUCAUGAUGAUACCCAUUUAGAAGUUAAAGACAGUGAAACAUCUGAAGACGAAGGUCCACAUUAUUGGUAUAGCCCAAAUAAAAGAAAUGAUAAAAUUGUACAACAAGAUACCAUAAUAAGGAACUACAGUGAAUCUGAAGAUAGCGACUCUGAAGGAAUUGGCCUACCAAAAUCUAAGUCAACACCAGGCAUUACUAAAGAACAUCGUACAUCAGAUAACUCUGAUACGGAGAAUACAAUAUCAUUUUCAACCAGCCAUGAAGACAUUUAUGGAACCCAUAAACGCACAAGAUAUGCUUUAAAGAGAACCGAAUCGCUUAAAGCAUAUCUGAAAAGGGUUACCAUUGAUAAGGACAGAUUACAACAAGAAUCAUCGGGUUACAAAGAAAUAACUGAAUUACUCAAAUACAAGCUAGAAAAUCUUAAACAAGAUAUAUCCAGUCAAAAUGAAACAACUAAAAGACUUGAAGAACAACUAGAUCAGUUAGAUACUAAAUACACAGAAGCUUUGGAUAGGAUUCAAACACUUGAAUUAUCUUCAACCAAUUUAGACAAAGAAAAUCAAUAUUUAAAACAAAUAAAUGACGAACUUAUGGACAAAAUAAAUAACAUAUAUACUUCUAGCAGUACAUCUAACCCAGUUAAAAUAUCAACUAAACAUGAAUCAGACAAUAUAAAUGAUCAAACCGAUAAUAGCAAAAUAGUUAUACAACAACUCCAAGAACAAUUAAAAAUAGAACAAAAUAGACGUAAAGAACUUGAUGAACGUGUUAGAUUAUUAUCCGAAGAAGUUAGUGCACAUAAAUCUUGUAGUUCAACAGUAGAAUUACUUAAAGAUUUACAAUGUAAAAUAAAUAAAGAUUAUGUACCCAAAAAAGAAAUAUUGAAAUUGAAAACUGAGCAAGAAAGGAGAAUCAGUAAAGUGAAAAUGGAAUCAGAAAAGAAAUUAGCAGACAAAUUUUAUGAUUUAGAUAAAUUAUUAUCUCAACAAAUGGACCAACAAGGAAAAUUAGAGAUUCAAAGAGAAAAAAUUGAAAGUCAAUUAAAGCAAGAGUUUGAAAAUACUAGACAAAGAUUUCAACUUGAAAUUGCUAAACUUCAAACAACAUUAAAGACCAAAGAAAUGGAAGAACAAAUAUUAAGAGAACGAUGUGAAAUAUUGUCACAAGAAAUUGAGAAAACACAAGACCAAAAAUGGAAAACAUUAUUGGAUAAGACUUAUGGAAUAAAUAAUUUACAUAUAAGUUCACCAGAAAUGAUAUUACCACUCUGUAGAACUCCAGAGCCAAGUCCCACUUUUGACAAAACUGAAUUUACUGAGGACUCUACUAGUAUAUAUCAAUGCAAUGUACAAACACUUCGAAAUGAACUAGAUAAAGUUAUAACACAGAAUAAAGAUGCUGCUCUGGAAGACGAUACGUCGGCUGAUGAAUAAAAUCUAUGCAUUUUAAUUGUACACUAAACAAAAUUAAUUGUUUUAAGAUACUAUAGUUUUUUAUUUAUUGAUUGUAUCUUUCUUUUUUAAAUUUUUAUUA